UCUGUUUUUCUUAUGUGCCAAACUAUUCCAGUUCCAGAAGAAUAUUUCCUACUGGGUUGUGUGUUUGCAAUUGCUGAUUACCCGGAGCAGAUGUCUGAUAAGCAGCUGUUAGCGACCUGGAAACGGAUCAUUCAAGCACAUGGUGGGACAGUGGACCCUACCCUUACAAGCAGAUGUACACAUCUUCUUUGUGAAAGCCAAGUCAGUAACAUGUAUGCUCAGGCUUUACGAGAAAGGAAGAGAUGCAUUACAGCACAUUGGCUGAACUCAAUCUUGAAGAAGAAGAAGAUGGUACCACCUCAUCGAGCCCUUCAUUUUCCAGUGGCAUUUCCACCAGGAGGAAAGCCUUGCUCUCAACAUAUAAUCUCCGUGACUGGAUUUGUUGAUAGUGACAGAGAUGACCUCAAACUAAUGGCCUACCUAGCAGGUGCCAAAUACACAGGCUAUCUGUGUCGCAGCAAUACAGUUCUCAUCUGUAAAGAACCCAGUGGCCUGAAGUACGAGAAGGCCAAAGAGUGGCGAAUCCCGUGUGUGAACGCGCAGUGGCUCUGUGACAUCCUGCUGGGCAACUUCGAGGCGUUGCGGCAGAUCCAGCACAGUCGAUACACAGUGUUCAACCUUCAGGAUCCACUUUCUCCUAGUCAGCAUCUAGUCCUAAACUUGCUGGAUGCUUGGAGAGUGCCAUUAAAGGUAUCACCAGAACUUCUAAUGGUAUGUUGAGUUAUUCUGUAUACAGAUAUUCUUACAA